AUGGAAGUAAAUGUUCAACAAGCUCUAAGAGUUGUACAGCAAGCUCGAAGAACUGUUUCACCCCCCAUACCAGCUGAUUUGAGGUCAAUGGGAGAGACAAUAGCCUCUGUUAAGUGGCAAAGUCGUCUGUCAUUUGUGGCAGAUGAUAUCAACAAUGUAUUGUACUACCAAGGUCCCCUUGAAUUUAUUCAAGACGGACAUUCAAUAUUUGGAGGUUUAUUGUUUGCAAACAUUGAUUUUAUACGGCAUCAUGCACCAUUCCUCCGAAGAGCUCAAGUUUUAGCCGUAUAUGGCACUUUUGGAGUAGUACCAAAUUUUCCAGGAGAUAUUGAUCAAUUAGUGACCAUACAUGCAGUCCUGGAUAACAUUAGCAUUGUAAGAUAUAUUCGAACACAUGGCAUGACUGAAAUCGUUCGUAACAACUAUGGUGUAGCCACUGUUAUCCGAAUGAUCACUGCACUACCAAAUUUACCACCAGAAAUGGACCCCCAAUUGCCAAUUGACUUCCAUAUAACUGGAGGAUUUUUUGUGAUUCCAACAAUUGGCGAGGUUCGUAGAUCAAUUAUCACAAGCCGGGAUAGAAAUAAUGAGGUCUUACAAAAUGCUCUCCGACUAGUAAGGAAUGGUCGAUAUAAUACUGCAUCCUUCCUUAGAAGAGUCGCACAUGUGGUGAGAGGAUACUUGAACAAUCAAAUCGGUCCAUUAUCUAAUGUACAUCGGGAAGAUGAGAUUCAGCAGUUACCACCAGUUCCACUUGAACCGCUGUUACCGCCUCCUCUACUGGAAAAUAAUGGCCGUCAAAUAGCACAAAGACGAGGACGUGGAGGGCGAGAUAACCGUAUUAUCCCUCAAAUUCCAAGACGCCGCGGACGACCUCGUGGUCAAGUGCAACCAGAUGUACUUGUUGAACCAGCAGUAGGAGAAGAUAUAGUUAUCGUCAUUAGACCGGACUCUCCUAAUUUUGAAGAACCAGCAAUAGAGGAAGAUGAAGUAAUAGUCGUUGGACCGAACGAAGCCAAUUUUGAAGAUGUUACUUAUGAAGAAGGAUUUCAUCAACCAGUUGAGCCGAUUGUACAACCAAAUUCUCCUGAAAUUGAAGUACAAAGUGUAGUACCUGAUGUUAUUAUAGCAAAACAAGCAAGGCCUCUACAAAAUAUACUACUUGUCAAUGAUGAUCAUCUAUUAGAUAGGUGUUUUAUCUGUCAUAAUGACCACGCAGAUGUUGGUAGUGCAAACAUUCUUAUCCCAUGUGGACAUGGAUAGUGUUGCGAUUCAUGUGGAUUAAGGCUCAACAAGUGUCCAAUAUGCACAGACCAAUUUCCACGGAUGCAAAGAAUCCAGAUUAUGCACAUUAACUAGGGAACACAGAGAACCUGGAUACAAAAUAACAACUUGGAUGAUCCGACUGGAAGUCAAUGCUUGGGAUGCACAAGACAAAUGAGGGAUGUACCAAAUAGGGCACGAUACAUCUAUAUUUAUUGCGGGCACGGAUGGUUUUGUUCAGAAGUUGAGUAAGAAGUUAGUGAUACCACACUUAUUUCAAAUAAACAAUCAGUAAUUUAUUAGUUAAGUUGUUUCUACAUAUUUUAGCUCACAACAUUUUUUCAAACAGAGUAAAAAGGACAUUAUAUCAUUUUUGAGGAAAUGAAGGAAAUGAGGAAAUUCAUUAUAAAUGUAAGAAAUUAGUAAAUUAGUCAUACCAAAAUACAUUUAAGGGAUAAAAAUGAGAUAAAUAGUUUUUAAUUAUUAAAACAGAAGUUAAAAUUUGAAAUAAUUUAUGUAUAUCUAGUAUGCUAGUAUGUUAUUAAUGGAAUGCAUGGUAAUUAUUCCCUGGCCGUUCUUUAACUGAGCUUAAAGUGGCACAAAAUAGAGAGUGAACUAUAAGUUAUUGAGCGUUCCAUGAGUGAAGACCAUAAACUAAAAUAAAUCUUGUUUUUUUUUUUAAUUGUAUAUGUCAUUUCCUUGUAAAAAAUAGUGGAGGAGGGUCCUUGUGGUCAUUAGUAUUUCUCACCUCUAAACUAAACACCUAUCUACCCCAUAUUAGAAACUUAAUUAUGAAAAUUUCUAUUUUAGCAACAAAUUCUUUUAAUUUAAGCUCUAGCACCCAUUUCUCCAGAAGUGUGUGAUACUUAGAUAAGUAAGCAAAUAUUAAGUAAAACAGUAUGUUUUUGAAAUAAAACAAU